AUGUAUCAGUUCUUUGGUGGCUGCCCUCACACUUUUACACCCUCAUUCAAAUUCUGGUCACAGCUAACUUCGAACAUCCCGGCUCCCAAUGGCUUUUACACGAAGGUCUUCCGCAAGACUUACAACUUGGGGACUUCGAGUCAGCUCUACACUUACACCCCAGACUUGUCGACCAAAGGAAUCGACAACGACAUUGAAAGUGUCCAUCAAACUGGCAUGUGGAUUUAUUACGAAAAUAAAGAUUGCAACAAGGAAUUCCAAGGAAAGAUUCAUUAUGUGCACGGCAUAGAAUAUUCGACGGACUUUCCCACUAAGUUCAGAAAUAUGGCAUCUUCAACCCUCUUCACCGGCCACAGGGUCGUCCUGAACGCCGACACCAGGAACAUCUACGAAGGGCAGUACUUCACCGGAAGGGAGAUUUUCGGUACGAACGACACGGCCACCCUGGGGGAGUUUCUUCGAUUGCGGUCACGGGUACAAGCGCUUGGACUGUGUACAUGUAACUACUCUUGGACUACCUGAAGACAGCAUCCGCUCCCUACGAAAAGGAUGUUGGUCAAGCAAGGUUGCGACUCCUUCAGACAUCAGCUACCAACACAAAGACUCCGAUGGUGGGUGGAGAUACGUUGGACUCUAAAAUGGAGACACAAGCUCCAAGACAACGGUUGAUUUGCAAGUUUAAAUUUGCAUAUUAUGAGCUACUGAUUUGGGAAUUAAAAUUAUAUUUGGGUAUUGAGGAAAGUAUUGAUUUCAAAAUUACCGACCACAUGGCCCAACAAACUUAGAAGAAAAAUUUGUUUACUAUCCUUUAAUAUUCUAACGGUUUCUGACCAAUUCCUUAUCCGUGGAUAUGAAAAUUCCCAAUCUUCCACCAAUAUUCCUUCAGGAUAUCUGAAGGCCAACUCUUUCACCUCUUUGUAACAAGAAGCUGUUAUAUAUUUGAAAAUUAUAUCUAACAUGCGCUAUUGUAACCUAAAUAUAAAAUGUUCUU